ACGAAGACCAUGGCACAUCGUCUGCAACGCUUUGAAAAGAGGCUUGGCAAGGCCGAGAUAGAAGCAGGUCUCCACGCCCUCUCUGACGCCAUCGGCACCAACAUCGCAUCCCUCGGGCUCACUCAAGACGCCCUCCCCAUCCGCGCGAUGGUCGCCGGCGGCGCGCUCGCCGUCCUCAAGUUCAACACACGCGCCUCCACGCUCGACGUCGACUUCGCGCUCGACGCCUCCCAGGGCGCGCUCGAAGAGUCGCUCGUCCGGCUCGCCGCCACCGACGCCGUGCGCCGCGUCAACGACGGGGACCUGGGCCACUACUGGUUCAACCCGGCCGUGCGCUUUUACGCGCACAUGCCGCCGUACGGGGCGACGUACGCCGCGGCGCUCGCGCAGGACGAGGUCGUGUUCGCCGCGGAGCAUCUGGUGCUGUAUGCGAUGCCGUGGCGCUUCCAGCUGUUUCGCAAGCUGGCGCGCAUGAGCCGGGACGUGCGGUGCGGGCUGGAGGUGAGGGCGACGGACGUGCAGGAUGCGGGGAAUAUCCUGUGGCACUUGCGCGAGAAGGAGGGGCGGGAGGUGACGUUUGAGGAGGUGUGUGGGUGGUAUGCGGACCCGGGCGCGAGGAUGAGCAAGGAGGCGGCGGGGCUGGUGGCGGAGAGCUAUCGGGAGCGGUUUGGGGGUUCGUUUGUGGUGUAGACUUGGCCUGCUAAGGAUGCUUGAUUUCUCAGGCUCGCUAUUUUGGAGGAUGGUAGAAAGCGUGAAGGACGAUAUAUUGUG